UGAAGUCGAACAAGCCUAUUGUUCACACGUUGCUAAGAGCGACAGUAUGGAUUACAGGUGAGAGUCAGUCUGCUUGUUCUCUGUAAAAGUGUCAUCUGUCUCUGAGAAGACCGCGGUCUUUGGGAUUUUUAAGGGCAAUGAACGUGAAGCGCAAACAGAUGACAUCCGAGGAGAAACCCACUUGCACAACUGUAACAGUUGUAAGAGGCAAACGACCAAUGCAUCGAAGCACUUUGAUUCUAAGCGAUCAGACCGAGUCAGUUUAUUCUACAACACAUGCUGAGAGUUUCUCUAGGAGAGGACACGAUGGUCAGGCGUUGGUCUUUCCGUUUCGAGAUCCACUCUGUCCUUCACAGCAUAAAGUAAAGCUGGACUUCAGCAACGUGCAAGUAACAGCAGGCCAGACACACUCCAGAGAUGUACAUGGACCAAAGGACAUAGUACCACAUUAUGUCCUGCAUAGUGCAGGGGAACAGAACAAAACACGAAACUAUGGUGGCUGUUUGAUGAAAGAGGUCACCAACCCUGAUGAUGUCACUCCGUACCAGACCACAUAUCAUACUGAGCACUGCAUUACUUCGACCAGAUAUUUAACAGAUGAAUCCAGUGGACAUCCAGUUCUGUGGCACAAGCAUAAUAUUAUAACAGGAGAGGAGAAGACACCAGUUGGGCCAGGACAGUCCAGAAGACAAUCUGGAGAGAGAGGCCUGUGGGCAGCUCGACGCUGGGAGACACAGUGCGAUUCUUUCCGUCUGUAUUGAACCAGUC